UAAAGGUCCAUAAGGGAGUCCGAGAUCAUGACAGUGCAGCAUUUUUGUCUCUAUGGUAUUUGUCGCGUCGCAGAAACGUCAUCGCGCUUGUGGAGCGGGAACUUUCGUAAGGUGAUGUAUAAUGAUUGGAAGUGAAAGCAGGUGGUUUGAUCUUAGCAUGUCAAAAUAAUGGCUUAUCAGGAAUUUUUUGUUUUAUACACACAUCAGAAGACUAAAAAAUCUAAAGUGUGGCAAGAUGGAAUUUUGAAGGCUGUAUUUGGAGGAAAUAAGGCAAACCUAUAUGAUGAUAAAGGACAACUCUUGGAUAGUAUUUUCAUAAAAUUACAGAUAAAACCUGGUGAUGACUUUGAAUCCGAACGAUAUUUAAUCACUGUAGAAAGUGAAAAUGUUUCUAAAACUGAUUAUAAUAAUUCAAAGAACACAGAACAGCUAAAGUUAACAAGUAACUCCUUGAAACCCCUUGCUACUUCAUCUCUAUGCCAUCCAAAGCGAAAAUAUUCUGGUUUCCAAAUACCACGUCAGGUGGAAAAGAAAAAGUUAGCGGAGGAACCUGCAUUGCCAUCUACAUCCAACGGUCCUCUUUCAUCCUUCCCACACCAAUUUUAUGCGUCUUCUCCUUUAUUUUCUGUUCCUUGCCAAAAUAGGGAAGAUACUAUCUUACUCUCAAAUAUUAAUGGGGAUGCUUCUACAAAGAAUAUUAAAGAUGCAUGUUUUAAUUUUCUGGAUUCAACCUCUUUAGAUGAUGAACAUGAAAUAGUACAGAAUAAAAAAUGUAGUAGCAAUAGUUUAGCUGUUGAAUAUUUGAAGCCAAAUUUUCAGUUAGAAAAUCCACUGGUCAAUUCAAGAUAUCAUGCAUUUUCAGAGAACAUUCGAAGCAGAGCUGAAAUUAUAGCACUUUUGAGUCAUGACCAACAUGUUUCCAAGAGUCUAGAAAAUGAGACUACUGCCUCACUGAAAAAUCUACCGUUCACAAUGAGGCAAUCAGAAUCCAACCCAGAAGUUUUAUUGCAAAGAAAAAGCCGAUGGGAUGCUUAUAUGCCAUCAUGUUUAUCUGAUGUACAUAACACAGAAAACAACGAUGAGAAUACUAGUGAUUUGCAAUCAAUUGAAAAGAGCUUAAAUGAGAGUGAAUGUGUAAACAGAAGCCAAUCCAAUGACCAUAAAGAGAUUCCACAAAUGCCACCUUCUUGGAAACUUGAUAUUUCUCCUGUUAGUAAAGGUUCUACUGGAAGUCAGCUGUAUAACUUUUUCCCAAGUGAAUCCUUCAUGAAUAAAAGCAAUAAAACUGAAUUAUGUUCACUUGAUGAUGCUAAUUUGAACUGUGGAAAUGCACUGAAAACAUUUGAAGACUCAUCAGAAUCAAACAGACAUGGCAUAAUUGGUAAUUUGGAAAGGAGUAGCCCAGGUGUUGACUUUGCAAAUCCAGGAAAACAAUUUACAGAGGUUAACUUUAAUCUUUUAAAUAUGCUGGAUUUUAGUGGCACAGAUGAUAAUAACCCUAAUGAAAACAGCAUUAUUUCUCAAGGUUCUGUAUGCCUAAGGCAAGAAAUUAAAAAUCAAGUUGAGGUCAGUGCUGAAAAAAACUGUGAUAUAAUAGGAUGUAGUAGUGAAAGGAAAGACAAUGUACAAUUAGAGUUUGUACAAGAUCAUGAUUUCAACAGGAUCUCAGGAUCCCAGCCAUUAUCUCUUUGUGAUGAAAUUUCUGCAAAGCCUGUCAACAUUAAAGAAAAGGGUACAGCGAUUUGGGAGAAAAAAUGGCAAAAUUCAGAAGUUUUGAUUAAUGAGAAGAUAGACACAAGCACAUUAUAUGUGCAGAAUACGGAUGUCCACCAGCAAUUUCCAUGUGCAAGCAGAAACUUGAUAAUGGAAAAUGAUGUGGACUGUGAAAUGCAAGAUAUUAAACAAAGUUUUGCAGAAGCAUUUUGUCCUGAAGAUGUGCAGAUACCUUGCCUACAUUCUGACUCACCAAAUCUGGUAGUUGAAUUUCACGGAUACCAGGUGAAAGGCUCAGCAGCUAGUGAGAUGAUGACAAGAGAACGCUGUUCGUAUCACAGAAAGGAUCCACAAAGUGACAUCACCAAAUCUGAAAGUGCUUCAAAAGAUGCAUCCUUUUUUUUAGUGCAAGAACUGAACUGUCCUGAGGUACCUGAGUUUGUUAAGCCUCUAGGUUCAGAAGAUGAUCUCAGUAACAGCGAAACCAAAACAUUUAGAAAUGAAUUCAAUGUUUUUGAAGAAAAAAGCAGUAACAAAUUUUUAACAAAGACUACAUCUUUUAAACCUCCAAAUCAGAUUGUGACAAAUUCUUCCUCAAAUCUGGACUUCACAGAGUCUGUUUCGGGGGAAUUUAAUAAGGACACUUCUGAACUGUAUUUCCCUAGGGCAGAUAUGGUAAAGAAUACUAAUGUACCUAAACGACAACAACACAUCCCAGUUGAAUUUCAGUCUCCAGCACAUUAUAAGAAUGUUUUUAUUACUGCAUUGAUAGAACAUUUAAACAUAGUAUUAUUUGAACUAUCAAAAAACCUACAUAAAGCUCUUGGGAAAGUGGACAUAUCUUUCUAUUCAUCGAUGAAAGAAGGGCAACAAGAGAAUACUGCGCCUCUCUGCAGCCACAAAAUAGCAGCAAAGCUUGUUAUGGUUAGAAAAGAAGGCCGAAAUAAGGGUCGUCUGUUCUAUUCUUGUGACGCAGCUAAAGCAGAUCGAUGUAAUUUUUUUAAGUGGCUUGAAGAUGUAAAACCUGUACAGAUGGAGAGUAAACCUUGUAUUAUACUUCAUGAUAUAAAGAGUAUUGGAACUUACCUCAGAUGUCAAAGAAUUUCUAUCUAUGAAGAAUGCCAACUUCUAGUAAGGAAAAUGUUUGAUACCCAAAGAAAACAAUUUGGUAAGAUGAAGACAUGUAAUAUUGCAAAGGCUAGCUUUGACUGUGAUUCUAAGAGGAAAUUAUUUCUUAAACUGAAUCGGAAGGAACAUUCCUCUGCAUAUAGCAAAGAUGAUCUUUGGGUUGUUUCCAAGACUUUGACGUUUGAACCCUUGGACACUUUCAUUGCAUAUAGUGUUUUUUUUGGACCAUCCUCUAAUAAUGAAGUGCAGUUGGAGCCUCUUAAUGGUUAUAGCCCAUCAAAUUGGUGCUCAGAUAUGAUUGUUCAUGCCUUGUUUGUGUGUAACGCUAGCACAGAACUCACAAAUUUGAGAAAUAUACAGGAAAAUGUCAGUUCAAUCACUUUGCCAAUCAUGCAACAUCUACUUACAAAGGGUUUCAAAGAAUUAUUUCCAAAAACCAAAGAAAGAAAACAAAAGUUUAAACCACCAGCACUAAAUACAAAUGCAAAAAAAUCUGAAGCUUUCAGCCCAGAAAUAGUUAUAAAUCUUGCUGAUAAAAUUAUUCAAGCUUUCCAGCUAAAUAAAGAUCAAGCCACAGCAAUGAUGAAGAUCGGUGCCAUGAUGACAUCUCAAGAAAUAAACACAGAAACAGGGAAGCAUCCAACGUUUCCAAUAACAAUAAUACAUGGUGUGUUUGGAUCCGGAAAAAGUUUAUUGCUGGCUAUUGUGAUUUUACUCCUGGCACAAAUAUUUGAAAUCCACGAAGCAGCUAAUGGCAAACGGUCAGUGCCAUGGAAAAUAUUGAUUUCUUCUUCCACCAAUGUUGCUGUAGACAGAAUACUACUGAGCCUACUAGACAUUGGAUUUGAAGACUUCAUUAGAGUGGGAAGCAUUAAAAAAAUUGCAAAGCCAAUUCUUCCUUACAGCUUGCAUGCUGACUCAGGAUCUGAAAAUGAACAGCUGAAAGAAUUACUUGCCUUGAUGAAGGAGGAUUUAAGCCCAGUGGAAAAAAUGUAUGUGAAGAAGACUAUUGAACAACAUAAACUGGGCACCAGUAAAGCUUCCCUGAGAAAGGUGAAGGUAGUAGGAUCUACCUGUGCUGCCUGCUCAUUUCCAUGCAUGAAAAGUCUUAAGUUUCCUAUAGUGAUUCUAGAUGAGUGUAGUCAAAUGACAGAACCAUCCUCUCUGCUCCCAAUUGCAAGUUUUGAAUGUGAGAAGCUGAUUCUUGUUGGAGAUCCUAAGCAGUUGCCACCUACCAUUCAAGGGUCUGAAAGUGCCCAUGACAAUGGUUUGGAACAAACUCUCUUUGAUCGUCUCUGUUUGAUGGGAUAUGCACCUAUAUUACUUAGAACACAGUAUCGUUGUCACCCUGUUAUUGCUGCUCUAACUAAUGAGCUAUUUUAUGAAGGAAUUCUGUUGAAUGGAAUUUCUGAAACAGACCGAAGUCCUCUCCUGGACUGGCUACCAACACUGUGUUUUUAUAAUGUUAACGGGUCAGAACAAAUCGAGGCAGACAACAGUUUCUACAAUAUGGCAGAAUCAUUUUUCAUUGUCAAAUUAAUACAAUCUCUGAUUGCCAGCGGAGUGGAUGGAUCUAUGAUUGGGGUAAUAACUCUCUACAAAUCCCAAAUGAGCAAGAUCCGUAACUUGUUUGUUGCUAUACGCAUGGAUGCUGCCCAAAUAAAGACUGUCCAGGUGUCUACAGUGGAUGCUUUCCAGGGAGCAGAGAAAGAAAUAAUUGUUUUAUCUUGUGUAAGGACAAGACAAGUUGGCUUCAUAGAUUCAGAAAAGAGAGUGAAUGUGGCUCUCACUAGAGGAAAAAGACAUUUAUUGAUAGUAGGAAAUCUAAACUGUUUAAGAAAGAACAAAUUAUGGGGAAGUGUUAUUCAGCAUUGCACAGGGAGAGAAAAUGGAUUACAACAUGCUAACCAAUGUGAGCAACAACUGAAUGAUAUUGUUAAAUCUUAUUUCAAGAGAAAGAUGGAAGAAGAAGCCAUCAUGAAAAAGAAAAAAUCUAAAAAUGAAUCCGUUUCUCAAAAAACAAACUCAUAAAUAUACUGAAUUAUAUCAAUGAUUUCAUCUUCAAAAUCAAAAAUUGCAGUUUUUAUAUUUUAAGUGCCUCCACUGUUACAUGCAUUAAUGGUUUUUAAAAAGUUUAAAUAUAAUAAAUAACUUUAUAACAAGGUAUUUUUUAAUGAAAGUUAACU